AUGAUUGACGAGGAAACCCCUUUGAUUCAGCAGGCGCCGGAACCUUACGAUGCGCCACUCCCAGAUAUAUCCAAUGCGAGGCCAGAGAGGCGUAGACUGCGACAUCCGCGUACAAUUGGCUUGCUUUGCUUCCUGUUGCUUAUUAUGGCAACUGGUGGGUAUAAGCUGAUAAAGAGCACGGGACAGGCGUUUCUCCACGCCGCCAAAUUUGAUCUUGACAGCGUGCGGGUGGCGAAUGUGACCGAUGAUGGACUUGAGGUCAUUAUUCGGGGCGAUCUAGAGUUUGACUUCGAUCAAGUUAGUCCAUACUGUCGAACCUGGGCCCGGCUACUUAGCAGACUCAAUACAGUCCAAUUAUCACCUGACGGCCCAUUUGAUAUGAAUGUGUGCUUGAAAAAGGAGAGGUUCUGCAUUUCCAGUGUUGAGCUGGUGGCGCCAUUGACUUUGCAACUAAGACAACCUCAGACUAUCGAAGCAGUUGCUCACCUAAGGCCCACAAAGGAGAUGGCGCGGCUGAUAAAUCCAAUCAGUCGCGGGCCCCAGGAAGUGGUCUUCGGCUGCUCGCUUGUGUGCGAGAUUAAGGUUAAGGGCUGUUCGGUGGGACGACACACAGUGACUGGAGCUUUGCCGCUUGAACUGGAUGGGGGCCGUAUAAUUCGACACGUGAUGAAAGAUGCGGUUUUGGAAAACCUCGAGAUUAACGCUGAUGGCACUAGACUUACAGGUAGUAUGGCCGUGAGACUAUCAAGCGGGGGCUUGGUAGACUACACAGUGGAUGCAAUGAGCUGGGAAGUGUUCAUGGCAGGCUGCAGCAAAGUCUCUUCAGUCGCUACCAUUAACACAGGCGAGUUUGGCCUUCGUGAUCCGAUUUUGAUACCCACAAAUUUCAUCGUUCCCCCCCUGGACGAGGACCUCCUCCUGGAUUGUGGAGACGGCUCCGCGAUCAGCACAUUGCUAACAAACCUUGCGAGCAACCGCGACGUUCCGGUAAUUGUCAGGGCAAAGCCACUAAGUACGCAACCACGGUGGAUGCGCGAUAUCUUCAGCGACCUUGAAAUCCAUGCUGCGCUUGUUAUGGGCCAAAUUGAAGGACUCAGCGGAGGUAUUGAAGCUGUGGACAUUGGGUAUCUCGGGGUGCGCACGCAGGGAGAUUCGUUGCUAGUGUCGUCGGACGUUUCGAUCAAGUACAACGUCUCUGAGGGCAUGGUCGUGUCGAAAAUUGACAUACCCUUUGUUAGGGGAGAAGUCAAUUGCGGCCCCAACGUAGCGACUCUGGAGAUGAGAAACUGGCAGGCCGCGAACCUGCGCUGCAAAAAGCAGACGAUCAGCAUUUCGCUUGAGGAGGCAGCAGUGAAGCCUGAAAAUUUCAGCCUGAUCAGAGACCUAGUUCAAAAUGUCGCCACAGGCACCUCCGUCAAACUGGCGAUCAGCCCGUUGCUGGAUAUCCAGGUUGCCUCGGAGUUUAUGACCACGACGAUUACGGGGCUGAGCACGGAGAUAGACUUCGCUGUGCCUGCUGUUCCAAACGACCAGCUUUUCAAGAGUUUGGACGUGCGUCUCAACGAGCUCGUGCUGCUGGAAUCUUCUGCUAAUCACUGCGCCAUGGUGAUCAACGCGGCCGUUUCCGGCAGCCUAAACUUUGACAGCGCUAUUGAAGGACUCAAGUUCGAUCUUCAGUACAACGGAUCGACAGUUGGCCGGAUAGAGCCGGGCCCGGUGCACUUAUCGCCCGAAAAGUACAGCAACAUAAGCGCGAACCUCAUUAUGCACCUCGGCACGGAUAUCGAUAAGUCCCGGCUCGAGCGUAUGCUCGGGACGUACCUGUCUGGGUUAUAUCCGGUGAUUGAGGUUGUUGGCCGUCAGGACUCCCAAUUGGCGGACUUCGUGUCCGGGGUCCACGUCCCCAUGCGGCUACCCCAGAUUUCGCGACAAGAAAAUAUCCUGCACCCCGUGUCGCACGAGAGUAUUUUUCUUGUCGAUUCGACAAUGCAUAUUAUGUCAUCGGAAAUUGAGCUGACGGUAUACAACCCGGUGGCGAACAGCGAGGUGGUGGUCGAUCUGAUCGAGGCGCAGGCAAGCCACGAUAAGACCAUCUUGGGCUACAUCAGCAAGGAGCAAAGAAUAGUGGCGCCUCCGGGACUGUACAAGACACCCCGGAUCCCAGUGACGUACGCGACGAGCGGGAUAGGUGCCGAUAUCUUACGCAAGGCAUUAAACGGGCAGCUGGAGAUCGACACGUCGGCUGUCAUGCGCGUCCAUCUUGGCGCGUUCGCCGUCGAGCUGCUGUACUCCGGGUCCGGCACUUCGACUAAGAUCCGUCUGUAG